AUGCCUGCGGUAAUGGCCGGUCCGGUCACUUUUGCCCCGCCGGAGGGCAAAUCUAGCAAGAUGGCUAUCAUCAUUGCCGGAUUCGCUGCCUUUGGUGGUUUCCUGUAUGGAUACGACACUGGCUACAUCGCGGGAGUCAAAGCGAUGCCAUUCUGGUUACGUUCUGCUGGACAGCUUGGACCAGAUGGUAAAUAUAUGAUUACCACCGGCCAAGAUUCUCUUGUUACCAGUAUCCUCUCAGUCGGGACUUUUGUCGGCGCACUUUUAGCUUAUCCCAUUGGAGACAGGUUUGGUCGGCGAAUAGGCAUAAUGAUCGCGUGUGCGAUUUUCUCCGUGGGCGUUGCCUUGCAAACUGCUUCAACCACCAUACCGUUAUUUGUCGUCGGGAGGGUAUUCGCCGGCCUGGGAGUUGGUGUUGCAUCUUGCCUUGUGCCAAUGUAUCAAUCGGAAUGUGCACCAAAAUGGAUUCGCGGAGGUGUGGUUGCAUGCUAUCAAUGGGCCAUCACCAUCGGAUUACUAGUGGCUUCGGUAACGGUGAACGCGACAAAAGAUUUCAACAGUGCCAACAGCUAUCGCAUUCCCAUUGGCAUUCAGUUUGUUUGGGCAGCAAUCCUUGUGAUCGGUUUGGCCAUAUUGCCGGAAUCUCCGCGAUACUUACUCCUCAAGGGAAGAGAAGAUGAAGCCUGGAAGUCUCUUAGCCGGCUGUACAGUGCUCCGUAUGAUGACCCGGAUGUACAAGCGGAAUUCUCAGAAAUUAUGGCUAAUCUGGAAAAGGAGAGGUCUUUCGGAAAGACUACUUUGCUCGACUGCUUCAAAACAGACAAGAGAAAAAAUCUUCAAAGGACCUUGACUGGGCUGGGAGUUCAGGGAUGGCAACAAGCGGUAUUCGGGUAUCAAUUUGUACGUGAAAUACGCGAAUUCGCUGCCUCUCAGAGAAAAGAAAAACUGACAGAAAUUUUCACCUAUCGUUACUCAACCAUCAGCUUCUUCUAUUAUGGCACUACCUUUUUCAAAAAUUCUGGAAUCGAGAACGCCUUCCUGGUAACGGUAUUGACCAAUGUAGUCAACGUAGUAGCAACCAUCCCAGGAAUUUGGGCGGUAGACAAAGUUGGUCGCAGGACGAUGUUGAUUGCUGGAGCGGCAAUGAUGUUUACUUGCGAACUCAUCGUUGCAUGUGUUGGAACUUUUACUACGGCUGACAACCAAGCAUCACAGAAAGUUCUUGUGGCUUUCUCUUGCAUCUUCAUCGGAAUUUUCGCCGCUACCUGGGGUCCCGUACCUUGGGUUGUCACGAGCGAAAUUUACCCACUUGCCACUCGUGGCAAACAGAUGGCAAUGUCCACCGCUUCCAACUGGGUAGUUAACUUUUUCAUCGGGUUCAUCACCCCUUACUUGGUUGAUGCUGGUCCCGGUCAGGCUGGCCUGGGUGUCAAAGUCUUUUGGCUUUGGGCCGCUUUGUGUUUUGCAGCUUUGACGUUUUCAUUCUUCUUGAUCCCCGAGACUAAGGGCCUUUCACUGGAGCAAGUUGAUCUCCUAUACACCAACUCAACUGUUCUCAAGAGUAAUUCGUACAGAACCCAAUUGAUCGCGAACAACCUGCACGAGGGAAUGACGCCUGCCGAGAAGGCCUACCAAGAGAAACUGGAGCAUAUUUGA